CUUUAUACCUGGUUUAUGGGUGACUUAGCUGGUAAAUACCGUAUGCAUGCACCGGGUCAUGCUAUGGAAGACGGAUCGCUGUAUACUAUAGGCAGCUGCUGAUGUGGAAAGUUCACGUUACGCUUACACUGUGGGUGAUAUACGCGCAUGUACAUCUACAUGUACAUGUAAAUCCGUCAAGUAGUAUCUGCUGUGUGCACGGGGCUUUGCUACGGAAGACGGAUCGCUGUGUAUUUCAGGCUUGCGUCUACACUGCAGCCCCUCUUGUCUCUCGAGCUUUCAACUAUUAGAGAGUGUCCGGCAUUUCAAACAUGGCAGGCAACCUUAGCUUAUCCGAGGCGACGCAGUUUCUUGAGGGCGUCCUACAGAUGCACUCGCCCAUGGAGAGUUUAGCGAGAGAUCGGGUCAGCUUCCUGCGUGACCUCAUGGCUGCCUUCCUGUCCAAGAUUCCCUUCCAGAGUGUGACUGCGAUCGCCACGCCCAAACCAGAGAGACGCGGGUUGACCUUCCAGGAGAUCAAAGUCGACAUGGUGACUCAGAAGGGUGGCCUGUGCUUCGAGAUGAACUCCUUCAUGAAGGCGCUCCUGGAGAAGCUAGGAUUCGAGGUUUACCACGUUGGAUGCACCAUCAACGGAAAACCGAACAAUCAUCUGUCAACAGUGGUCAAGAAUCUGAGUCGGCCGGGCGACUUGCAUCUUGUAGACGUUGGCUGCGGGCAUCCCAUGUUUGAACCAAUCCCACUGGACUUUGACAAGGAGUCGCCCUUAUACAAGUCAAACUAUCUGGUCCAUAAAUUCGUGAAGGACGCCGAUGACAGCUUCCGAUGGAUGCACAAAUCCUACCAGGACUACGACGGCUCUACGGGACGUGUCGUCGACGGUUGGUACAUGUUCUUGCAGUUCAAAUUGGAGUUCCGGGAUAUCGAGUUCUUUGCCCUCCACAUGGAGAACAUCCACACCGUGGAGAGCGGCCCUGAGGCCUUGGCACAUUUCUUGGUCCAAUUGAAGGCAACAGACUUCCGCAACGGGAAGCUAUUUGCCAUCACCGGCACGUCCACCUUGGAGGAAGACGCCAGCGGUAAAGUAAACAAGAAGCGCAUAUCGUCCCCUCAAGAGUUGGAGGAGGCAUAUAAGUUCCACUUCCCACAGUUUCCGGCGGAGACUAUACAACAGGCUAUACAGACUGUCAAUCUCAAAUUUGAAAAAUAAGUCUAUGAAGCAAGUUUCUGACUUGUUAAAAUAUGCCAUGAGUAACAUGCCAGUAGACAAUGAAUCAGAUAAUCUGUUUACUAGAUACUUGAAUCAAUAUAGAAUGAUUUGCUGUUUAUGCGUUUAGUUCGUUUCGUAUAAAUAACACCACUCAAAAUCCAAAAUGGUAUGCUCAAAUCUUUAUUACACUUUCGAGAAAACAGUAUACACAUAAAAAAAAGUUAAACUUUUAUAACGAAACACAAUUUGGUCUUUAGCGCUCUUUAUUUCCAAACGAUCAAUGUGGUUUCUUCAAAACGACAGCAACCCAGACUGAAUAAUUUCAGGAGGUGUUUAGUACCAAUAAGGUGUUUAAUCCAAGAAGGUUUUUGAUAAUAAUUCGCUAUGUUACUUUUUGGGGGCAAUGCAAAUUAUCUUAAUGCCUUUGUUUGCGUUAUGAGUAACUUGUGUACGCACAUGAUCAAACAGAUACUUACGACUAUGAUCUUCAUCAAGUCUGUGAAAGUAAUCGCGAAAAUCAGAGAUCUGCAGUUGAUGAAUUUCAGAGGUAAUGUUCAUUCGUCAUGUGGGAAGUGUCUAUUAUAAUUCAUUAUAAGGGAUCACACAAGUUUUGGGAAAAGAAGUUAG